AUGAAGGAUGAGCAUGGAUUAUGGGCAAGUGAGAAGAUGUACAAGAAUAAAAUAAAGGCUUGGGGUUUACGAAAGUACCUCAAGGAGGACGAGGCUAAGCAGAUCAUUGAAGGCGAGGCUCCAACAGCCAGCAGAAACUUGGAUCUAGAUGCUCUGAAGAGAAAAGCCGAGCGAGCUUUGAAAAGGAAACGAAGUCGCAAAUCAUCUCAGCCACAGCCUUCGCCACAGCCUUCAGAGCUGUCGCCUGCACCUUCGUCGCCCCCGCCUUCUCCGGUUUCCGAGGCGAUGAUACUUUGGUCAAACCCUGCAGAACUGCGCCAGACCGUUGUCGUUCCAUCACCUGAAGGAUUUCGCAUUGCCAGUGUCGCUGAGCAGUUUCUCUUCAAUCUUCGUGGAUGGACCCAUGACGCAUUCGUUCACGGUGAUUGGGAUGCAAUGUCGUCAACCCAACAUAAUCGUGGCCGCCAGGCAUCUCGUCUCCUCUCUUCGAGUCUAACCGCAGGGCUUAACCUUUUCGAAAACGGAAAGCCGGAUCUUGCAUGGGCACAGUGGAAUAAAGCUUUUGCAGGUUUCCAGAAUCCCGAGCUGUUCAAGUCCUGGUAUUAUGAAAUACCAAUGGCUUUGCUUUUCGAAGUGGGUAGGGUGGCUCAGAGUGGCCACCCUAAGCUCGCUGCACUGCUCCUACGGAGUGUCCAGCGAUGGGCGCAUACUUUUCUAGAUCCGAAAGAUUCGCGUUACGCACUCUUCAGUGUUUUCGGCGAACUUGAAGUCGACCAGCUGCGAGAACUAUACACCCGUGCAGCCCGCUCCAUGUACGAUGGUCUUGAGACGCGGAUUGACAAGCGCAACAAGCUGUUGUAUGAAGUCCGACUCAAUCGAGCUCUAGACCUCCUCUGGUAUGAUCCCGAAGCGGAUUUGACAGAAUGGCUACCGCAAAUUUCCGAAGUGGACUCCGUGUCUCCAGGAUUAUCAGUAUACUUCCUGCUGCUCCAAGCCUACAGACUUGUGGCCCAAGACCAAUUCGAUGAAGCCGAAGAGAUUUGUUCGCAAGUACAGCGCAGGCUGACAACCUUGAAGGAGAUCCCAGGAAGCAUAGAUCUUUGGCGGGUGGGCCUUGCUUAUCGCAGACUUGGGCGACAACAACACGCCAAAGAGCGCUAUGCCGACGCACGUCGGAGUUUCAAUACGGCACUAAAAUAUGUUCAGAACAACAACGAGUUGUCAAAGUCGGUUUUGAUCGAGAUAUGCCAGCGACAACAAAGCAUGGCAAACAUGAUGCAGGACACCGAGGAUGUCUUCUUCUGGAGUAGAAUGCUUGAAUCGUUGGAGCAGGAUACCAAAGCGCAAGUAAUAGAGGAAGUCAAAGAUGAAGAUGAAGACGAUGACGAUGACAAUGACGGAAGCCCUCCAGCAAAAAGAAAGCGACUAUCGCCCAAGCCCGGUCGGAGUUCCACUCCUGCUCGACGGGGUACCUGGUGA